AUGGCAGGUCCAUCUCCCGGGAGCCUUCCCAAGGCCUGUCUUCUGACCAGGGCCUCUGCACUGGCAGCUGCUGCCUGCCUCGGAUUGCCUGGCACGGAGACUGUGCGCAACAGGCCUCUGUCUUUUUCCUUCCCCAGGUUCACGCAUUCUCAGGCGGCCCAGGGCAUGACCCAGCAGGGGCCUGCACGCUGCAGGGCCUGCUCUCAAGAAAAUGAGAACUUGGUCUUGAUCGUUUCCGGCAGUCUGGCGCUGGCCCUGGUGUCCCUGCAGGGCUACCUGAGCACCUGCAUCUGCACUGUGAAAGAGAUCACCCAGAAGAGGAGCGGGCUCUCUGUGAUCCUGUCCCUCAUCUUCAUAGCCGCUUUUGCUGGUGCCUACUACGGGACUUCGCUGCCCAUGUGGAUGCUGUGGGCAAAGGAGGUGCCACAGGUGCUGCAAGAGCAGCCUGCGGGUGAGCUGAAGUCUGUACGGAACUCGCUUGCUCUGCUGGAAGAACGAGUCCAGGAGUUGCAACAGCUGAGAAAGGAUGUUGCGUGCACGGCUGAAGAGAUGAGCCGUCUGAAGGAGGAACUUCAGGACAUGAGAAUGGCAAUGGCCGCGAUGCCUUUGGAAGAGAACAUCCAGAUGUCUGCCUGGACUCUGAAAAGUGCAGGGGUCACCAUCGACCUGCAGAGAUCACCCAGGAACUAUGUGUGGCCCUGCAGCAUAUUCCGGUUCCUUUGUGAUCUCAACCCUCUGGAAACUUUUGUGCAGCUGGACAUUUCCCCGGGAUACUGCUGGCCGUUCCAAGGGUCUUGGAGCCAGGUGGUCAUUAGGUUGCCCGCACAAGUCCGACCAACCGCGAUCACUCUGCAGCACCCAUUGAAGAAGUCCUCUGCACUUGGGGACAUCAGCAGCGCCCCCCGAGAUUUCACUGUCUUGGGAGUGGAUGAGGGAGGAGAAGAGGAAACUCUGCUCGGGACAUUCAGCUAUGACACAGAGAAAGAGGCGACCCAGACCUUCCCUCUGCAGAAGCAGCUUCCCAGAGCCUUUCAGCUUAUCAGGCUCGUCAUACAGAGCAACUGGGGGAAGUCAGGCUACACCUGCAUUUAUCGUGUGCAGGUUCAUGGGAAGAUAACAGGAAGGAACGCCAUCAGCCAGGCAUGAGGAGACUUCCUACCAUAAAAAUAAACAAUGAAAAAACCCCAACAAAUCCCUGGGCAGAGGAACGUGGCUGUUAGUCUGGAGCAGAGUGACUGUCAUUUCACAGGCCCCCUCAAAGGCCACAUGGGGUCUAGACAUAGCGGAGAACGUGGGCGGGCCUGAGAGGAGUGUGGAGACC